AUGGCUUCUUGUGUUGAAGAACUUCAUUUCUCUCACAUACACAUCCCUGUAACCAUUGAUCAAAUGAUUCCAGUCUUGCCGGCCGGUCCCAUUCCUGCGGUCCAUGGAAGCAGGUUGUACUUGUCAAACCUUGAUAAUAUGAUCGGAGCUCGAGUUUUCACACCAACUGUGUAUUUUUACAAAUCAAAUUAUAUGAGUUCCAAUAGAAAACCAGUCACAAAAACUCUGUGUGAUGCACUAUCCAGAGUUUUGGUUCCCUACUAUCCUUUAUCCGGUCGGCUCAGAGAGGCCUCGAAUGGGAAACUCGAAGUGUUUUUGGGUCAAGAACAGGGUGCACUUAUGGUGGAGGCACACUCUGAUAUGGGUUUAGCAGAACUAGGGGACCUUGCAGUGCCAAACCCUACAUGGGCGCCAUUAAACUACAGGUUCCCCAAUGAAGAGCCAUAUAAAGUACUUGACAUGCCCUUAAUUAUAGCUCAGGUAACCCUUUUUGCCUGCGGUGGCUUUAGCCUUGGUCUGAGACUUUGUCAUUGCAUAUGUGAUGGCAUUGGUGCUAUGCAGUUUCUUGCUGCAUGGGCUGCUACUGCAAAAACAGGUACAUUGGUGACAAACCCUGAGCCUUGUUGGGACAGGGAAUUUUUCCAGCCCCGAAAUCCACCGACGAUAAAAUACCGACAUCCCGAAUUCAUGAGAAUCGAAGAAGGUUCGAGCUUAACAAUGAGCCUAUGGAAAUCCAAGCCUGUUCAAAAGUGUUACAAGGUUAGCCAACAGUUCCAAGCUCAACUAAAAUCUCUAGCUCAACCUAAUGACAUGCUAGGGUGCUCCACCUUUGAUGCAAUGGCAGCUCAUGUUUGGAGAUCAUGGGUGAAAGCACUGGAUGUAAAACCAGUCGACUAUGAACUUAGGCUUACAUUCUCAGUCAAUGCUCGUCCCAAACUGAAAAACCCACCAUUGAAACAAGGUUUUUAUGGCAAUGUAGUUUGUGUGGCAUGUGGAACAAGCCCUGUCAACAACCUUAUCAAAGGGAGUCUCUCGGAGACGUCACGGUUGGUUCGUGAAGCCAGGCUCAGUAUAUCGGAGGAGUACGUAAGAUCUACGGUUGACUAUAUGGAAAUAGACAGGCCAAACAGGCUUGAAUUUGGAGGGAAAUUGAGUAUAACACAAUGGACUAGAUUUUCAUUGUAUGAAUCAGCUGAUUUUGGAUGGGGAAGACCAAGUUAUGCUGGUCCCAUAGACCUGACACCAACACCACAGGUUUGCGUAUUCUUGCCGGACGGAAGCGCUGAAUGUAGUGGAGCAACGGUAGUUUGUAUCUGCUUGCCCGGCUCUGCCACCCAUAAAUUUACUGAGUUUUUUUUAUGUUUGAAGGAUUUGAUUCCAAAUGAUGAAAGUGAAUGA